GUCGAGGAAACAGGAAUCGAGAGAAUAUGCCCGAUAUUUAAUAUUAUUUAAUAUAGGCCUAUGCUUAACACGUUUAAUCGCUUGUAUAAUAAAUAAUAUGUGUCGUAUAAAAUAGUGUAUAGUUUCGUUAUCUAUUAUGUAAAGGAGUCGUCUAUUAGAAACCAUACACCCCGCCCCGUCGUCCUCCAGCCCUUUCCUACGAUUUCUCCCUCCCUCAAAAUCUCUCUGCAGGAUGACUUUCUUUUUAGUCGCCACUGCUCAUACUGUUAUCGCCUCUUGACUGAACAUUUCAAAUAUUUUAUAGGAUAUACAAAGGAAUAAACGGGUAAUAAGAUUCUGGAGAUUUCUUCCGUGGCGUUCGCUCUGAUAUGGAUGGUGGAAAGCAUAGCUCGAAGCUGGCUAGCGGAGCACACAGGAGCCUGGGGAAAUAUGGAACAGUGUUUAGUAACUUGCAUGAAGCAUGUCCUCUCAACUGAAAUGUCUGUGUUUGCAUUUUUACCCAAAAACAGUAAAAUCUUUAUUUCCUUUUUGUUUUUCUUUCAUCCCUUUUCUCAUCACCUUCACAUUUUAGUUAUUUUCCAAGCCUCUACUUGCUUUUCACUCUCUACUCUUGUUGACCCCAUCUUUCUCCUCGCCCUUCUGUCUUCCUCUUCUGUUAUCCCUCUUGUAUAUUAAGCUUUGCCCUCCCUUCUUAGAUGGGAGUAUGAACUGGAAGUUUCAGUUAGCCAAACUUCCUCAAUAAUACUUCCAAACAUAAAAGGGCCACUCAAGCCCCAUUUCAAAAAAGAAAAAACACAGAAUGGAACCACAUGAUUCCUGCUCUGUAGACCUGAAUAGGUCCUUCGGUCUUAAGUUUUUCCAAUGAAGGAAAAAGAUCUGAAUUUCUGAGUCUGACACAUGUUGGUUAACAUUAAGAUGCAAAUACACAGUCAGAAACAAAUUUGAUUAAGACAUCUCAAAGACUGCUAUAGAGUGACUGCAGUCUUAUCUAUAAAGGCACAGUGGUCACAACAGAACUGUACCUGCCCUGUUUUCUACUUUGUCUGGUUUCACACCAGUAUAUCCACCAUUCGUCCAUCUCUUGCCACGGCUGUACUCCCCUCCCGUCCCCGUCCCCAACCCCCUCCUCCAAUCACUAUGGCAGCCACAGCCCGGGAGCAUUUGCUGGUGGUGCGACGGCGCAGCCCUCAGAUGCGCUAUACAUUGAGUCCAGAGAACUUGCAGAGCCUGGCAGGUCAGAGCCCAGGGCCAUCUGAGACACUGGGCUUACAGCGGGCCAACAGUGACACUGACCUGGUCACCUCUGACAGCCGUUCCUCCCUCACUGCCUCUGUGUACGAGUUCACUUUGGGCCGAUCGCAGAAUCUUAUUAUAUCAUGGGAUAUCAAGGAGGAAGUGGAUGCUACUGACUGGAUUGGCCUCUACCACAUAGAUGAGACUUGCCCUGCUAAUAUGUGGGAUUCUAAGAAUCGAGGUGUUAAUGGCACUCAACGUGGGCAGAUUGUAUGGAGGUUGGAGCCUGGGCCUUACUUCAUGGAGCCUGAGACCAAGAUUUGCUUUAAGUACUAUCAUGGAGUGAGUGGGGCCUUAAGAGCCACUACUCCCUGCAUUACCAUCAAGAACCCUGGUGUUGUGGGAGAUGCUGAAGGUCAAGUAGAAGGACAUGUGUUAACAGAACAUUGCCGUAAGCUUGUCAGUUUUACUUUAUCAGACAUCCAAGCUCUUGGUCUGAAAAAGGGCAUGUUCUUCAACCCUGACCCUUACCUGAAAAUGUCCAUAAAACCUGGAAAGAAGAGUAGCUUCCCCACCUUUGCACAUCAUGGGCAGGAAAGACGAGCUUCCAUCAUUGCCAAUACAACUAACCCUGUCUGGCAUGGAGAGAAGUACACCUUCGUAGCUCUUGUUACAGACGUUUUGGAAAUUGAAGUAAAGGAUAAGUUUGCCAAAAGCCGACCGAUUAUCAAGCGCUUCUUAGGCCAGCUGACAAUUCCAAUACAGAGACUCCUAGAGAGGCAUAUAACCAGGGAUCAACUACUUACUUUCACACUCUGUCGCCGUUUGCCUACUGAGCAUGUGAGUGGUCAGCUGCAAUUUCGAGUGGAGAUCACCUCUACAGGACAUGAAGAGGCCACACCUGAUACUAUUGACUGCCUUUUGGGAACCUCAGCAGUGAAUGGAGAUCCUGACAGUCCUUCUGAUGAUGAAGAACUUCCUCACACUCCUGCUGGACCAAUUAGUGGCCAUUCCCCUACAGGGUCUGAGGGUUCUUUGCAAUGUUUCUCAUUGAGAAAUGGUGAUGUUGCUGGACAAGACCAAGAAAAUAAGGAGGGUGGGACCGACAGAGGAGCAGAAGGGGGAUUCCCUCCACAUACAUCGCACCAGGUAUCCCCCAAUGAAUACCUUGAGGCUAUUGAGGUCCCUAAGGGACCAGGGGAACGUCCUCUUGGAGCAGCUUCACCUAAGCUGCGUUCUAGCUUUCCCACAGAUACACGAUUGAGUGCUAUGCUGCAUAUUGACUCAGAUGAGGAGGAAGACCCAUGUGAAGUCCUCCAGGAAGAGGUUGGAUUGCUGAUGGAUAAGGGGGAGCCGAAGGAAUUAUCUGAUGUUUUAACUGACAUGGAGUCAGAUCAGCAGGGACAAGAGGAACAACAAGAAACAAAUACAGAAAUAGCUGAUGACCCCACAGAGGCUUCAGCUGCUGAGCCAGAGGCCACUGGCCUCAGAAUUACUCUACAGGAAACAGGAGGGGCAGAUGAUCCAAAAGAGGCCCCACUCUCAAGCCAGGAACUGUUUAGUGAAGGCACAGAGAGAGUUGAGAGCACUAGACCUGCCGAAACAUCAGUUGGCUCCUCCUCAUUUGAUGACAAUUCUCACCCAGCAUCCUCUUUACAGAUAAAUGAAGAAUGCUUUAUGGCUUCCUCUGAUGCCAAUCCAACGGAGAAUAAUAUCACUGACACUGCUGCCACAAGGAGUGAUGUAGCUGAUAAAGGAGGUGGAGAUCCUGGGUCUGGCCCAAUAAAUGAUGAGAAUCAAGACGGCCCAGAAAAUGAAGGUGAUAAUGAAGGAGAGGAGAUCUGGCAAAGGAGACUAAGUUUACAGGCAGCUGGUGGCAUGUCCCAGGAGGAACAAAACGUGUCUUUGGGGGCACGAUCCUCUGUGGAUUCAGUGUGUCUCGUCACUCAGUUGGAUGAAGAUACAGGCUCCCGGUUCAAUGGACAUCAGCCAGUGCGGUCCCUCCCCUCAGUACGACAUGAUGUCAGUCGCUACCAGAGAGUGGAUGAGCCCCUGCCCCCAAACACCUUUCCUGCAUAUCAAGAUUGGGAGGCCCGGAUUGACAGUCAUGGACGCAUAUUCUACGUUGAUCAUGUGAACCGCACCACCACAUGGCAACGACCCACUGCCCCCCCUGCCCCCCAGGUGCUGCAAAGGUCUAACUCUAUCCAGCAAAUGGAGCAAUUAAACCGCAGGUACCAGAGCAUUCGCAGAACCAUGACUAAUGAGCAGCCAGAAGAGCAGCUACCUGAAACUCCUUCUGACGACAGUGACCUGAUGUACCACUCCAUCCCUGAGUACCGACGGGAUGGCAGUGUACCCCACUCAAGCUCUCGCACGCGUCUCGCACAGCUCCUUCAAACUCCUAGCGCCAAAUUUCUAACCAGCCCUGACUUUUUCACCGUGUUGCAUUCCAACCCUAGUGCCUAUCGCAUGUUUACAAGUAAUACCUGUCUGAAGCACAUGAUAAGCAAGGUGAGGCGUGAUACACACCACUUUGAACGCUACCAGCACAAUCGUGACCUGGUGGCCUUCCUCAAUAUGUUCGCCAACAAGCAACUGGAGCUGCCCCGUGGCUGGGAAAUGAAGCAUGACCACACUGGAAAGGCGUUCUUUGUGGACCACAACAGUAGGACCACCACUUUUAUAGACCCUCGACUUCCCCUGCAGAGUGCAAGGCCCAGCAGCCUGUUAGCCCAUCGUCAGCACCUAAAUCGCCAGCGCAGUCACAGCGCUGGCGAGGUGGGUGAUGACCCCCGACACGCCAAUCCCCCUGUCCUGCCUCGUCCCUCCAAUACCUUUAACACAAUCAGUCGCACCCAGUAUCAGGAUGUGGUACCUGUGGCCUACAAUGACAAAAUUGUGGCAUUUCUACGGCAACCAAACAUCUUUGAGAUCUUGCAAGAAAGACAGCCAGAGUUGAUCAGAAAUCAUUCACUCAGGGAGAAGGUACAGUUUAUUCGCAGUGAAGGAGUUUCUGGUUUGGCUCGUCUGUCUAGUGAUGCUGACCUAGUCAUCUUACUCAGCUUGUUUGAAGAGGAUGUGAUGUCGUACAUUCCACCGCAUGCCUUAUUGCACCCCAACUAUUGUCAGUCUGGCCGUGGCUCACCGGUUUCUUCCCCACAGAGUUCCCCUGGAACCCAGAGAGCUAAUGCCCGGGCCCCUGCACCCUACAAGCGUGAUUUUGAAGCCAAACUCAGAAACUUCUAUCGCAAGUUAGAAACCAAAGGCUAUGGUCAGGGACCAGGCAAGCUGAAACUGAUUAUUCGGAGGGACCACCUUCUGGAGGAUGCCUUCAAUCAGAUCAUGUGCUACUCCCGAAAGGACCUGCAGAGGAGCAAACUUUAUGUCAGCUUUGUGGGAGAAGAAGGGUUGGAUUAUAGCGGCCCUUCCAGGGAAUUCUUUUUCUUAGUGUCUCGUGAGCUUUUCAACCCUUACUAUGGCCUGUUUGAGUACUCAGCCAAUGAUACUUACACAGUCCAAAUCAGCCCAAUGUCUGCCUUUGUGGACAAUCAUCAUGAGUGGUUUCGAUUCAGUGGACGUAUCCUGGGCUUGGCACUAAUUCAUCAAUACCUUCUUGAUGCCUUCUUUACCCGGCCCUUUUACAAAGCACUGCUGCGCAUUCCUUGUGACCUUAGUGACUUGGAAUACCUGGAUGAGGAGUUUCACCAGAGUCUGCAGUGGAUGAAGGAUAAUGACAUUAAUGACAUGCUGGAUCUUACAUUCACUGUCAAUGAAGAAGUCUUUGGACAGAUCACAGAGCGGGAACUGAAGCCUGGUGGGGCCAACAUACCUGUAUCAGAAAAGAACAAGAAAGAAUAUAUUGAACGUAUGGUGAAGUGGCGAAUUGAGAGGGGUGUUGUGCAGCAGACUGAAAGUCUUGUAAGAGGCUUCUAUGAGGUAGUGGAUGCUAGGUUGGUAUCAGUCUUUGAUGCCCGGGAACUGGAGCUGGUAAUUGCUGGAACUGCAGAAAUUGACCUUGGAGACUGGAGGAGCAACACAGAAUACAGAGGAGGAUACCAUGACAACCACAUUGUAAUUCGCUGGUUUUGGGCUGCUGUGGAGAGAUUCAACAAUGAGCAGAGACUGAGACUCUUGCAGUUUGUGACAGGCACAUCCAGCAUUCCAUAUGAAGGGUUUGCCGCUCUGCGAGGCAGCAAUGGUCCUCGUCGCUUUUGCGUGGAGAAAUGGGGGAAAAUUACAGCACUUCCUAGGGCUCAUACCUGUUUCAACCGCCUGGAUCUCCCUGCAUAUCCAUCAUUCUCCAUGUUAUAUGAGAAAAUGCUGACGGCUGUGGAGGAAACAAGUACCUUUGGCCUUGAAUAAGUACAAGCCUCGGUUUAUCCAAACUAAACUGUUUCACACAUAGAAAUUAUAUUCAUUCCAUGUAUGUUUCCCAAGUUAAAAAUUUAUAUAUGCAUAAAGUCCUUUGUGAAUUUUUUUUUCUUUAAGCAGUUGGGAAUGGUUACAGAGGGACUUGAGAAAAUUAUCAUAUACCAAACUUGGGUGUUUCUGAUUUCACUUUUCCAAUUAAAGCAAGAUCACUUAAGACCGCUUUGUAAGUUUUCCCUCAUAAUGUACUUCAGGCCGUGACUAAUAAAUGUAAUGGAUAUUUUUCUUCCUUAAUGACUUCAUUCAGCCAGAAGGAAAGAAAAAAACUUCAUUCACCAUGUUAAAAUUGCAUUUGAAUGCUUGGUCACUUAAAAAAAUCUUUAUCAAUCCAUUUUCUCCCAAAGUAAUUUAUAGUUUAGGUCAAAUGUUUAUUAUUCAUUCAUUCUGCUAUUGUUAAGUUUCCCCCUCAUUAAUCAUGUAUUGUCAAUGCAUUGCAUUUUUAAUAUUGCUAAAUCAUUGCUUAUAGCAUCCGACAAUUACUUUUUUUGUUCCAAGAAAUUCUACUGCUGUAGUAUCUCAGGAUUGACUAGGCAAGCCAAUUCACAGGCAGGUCAAAUUGUCAUUUUGAUAUCUUGAAAUGCAUUAAAAGUUCUUUCAAUGCUAUCUACCAUAUAAUAUGCCUGAAAAUAACUUUUACAUGUUUAAGCAAUUUAAAUAUAUCUAUGAUAUUCAGAGCAUAAGUACACCAUUUAAAAAUGGAAACCAUUUUAUAUGUAUUAAAGAACAUAAAGUAUCUGAAUCACAUUCUGUGUAUUUUUCAACAAAAUGCCACAUGUGACUGGAGCUCAUUUCAUCCACCUGGUUUGUCGGAUACUAAAUAAUGAUUGUGCCUUACUCUGCUGGAAAGCUCUUUUCAAAAUAUACUCUACGCAUGUUCCAAGAGACAUUUCUACUAAAAUGAGUUUUCCAUUUGUUUAUCUUAAAAUUGGGUUGUCGCCACUUUAAAAAUUGUAGAUUGUUGAUCUGAAAGACAAGUCCUUAAAAGAUAUAUCUAUUCAUCUAUAUUUUAUCAAGUAGUCCAUACUAGAGCGUUUUGCUUUAAUUUUUUUCCUGUUCUUAGGGAGUGAUUUUGAAACAUCUUUUACUGAGAAGUUCAUCAUGCAUUUAAAUGAAGAGUACACUUCAUCUGGCCUUGAAACCAUUGCAAAGCUCCAAGUGUUUUAAAUUCUUGCAAGCCAACUUCAGAUAGGAUAUAUAUUCCACAGCCAAUCAUUGCCAUGUUCAGUUCUUCCAUUUAGGAUUUAACAUGAAAUUUAAGGAAUAAAGCUUUAAUUUGUAUCCAUAAUUGUUAUGGAUCAAUUGGAUAUUAUAAUUUCACUUUCACAAAGUAAUACAGAGGGUUGCCCCCGAUGUCUGCGUGUUUACUUUGAAAAUUAAAGGUCUUGCAUAUUAGUGUUUUUUUGUACACUCAAGAAAAUACCAAAGUAAUUGUGAUUACAUUACAUGGCUAAUAUUUUUAAUUUACUCAUGCUUUUAGCAUGCGUGGUCAUUUCUUAGGCUAAUUAAUGUGCAUUUAUAUCAGAGCUGUUGCUGGCAUAAAACUUGUUUGUUCAUUAAUGUGCCAAGUUCAAUAUGACACGUUUUUUUAAAACAUUUUGUUAAUAUAGCAUGAAUGUAUUUUGCAGAAUUUGAGGAGCGUUACCUUUGAAUUAUUUGUUAGGCUUCUCUGUGAUUCCUUAAAUGUGUAAAUGGUUUUUGUAUAUUUCCAAAACUUGACACUUUAUUAGAAAGUAAGUAAUAAUGAAAAAGACCUACCAUUGAAAUCAGUGCUAUACAUUGCAUGGGUACUGGUGUAAAGAUACUGUAUAUGGUAGAAGGCUACACACAAUUAAAAUGGCAGUUUUAUCAUGUUUCACGAAGUUUAAUAUUUUCUGUUGUGCAUAAUCUAAAUCAUUUUUUUGGUUUUCAUAAUAGAUUUAUAAAAUAUUACCCAAGCUUUGGAUAUUGUAUAUACAUGUUUAUAUACAUUUGUAAGGAUGCUUUUCUCAUGCAAUACAAAAGGUAACAUUUUCAUAAUUUUUUAAAAACCUCAAUCAAUCAGAUUUAAUCUGGCCAAAUUUUCAUGUUUUCAUCUACUGACACUUGUGCUGAGGAACAUGGCCGCUGCAUGUCUUUACUUUGCUGUCUUGUACUCAUAAGAGUUCAAAGGAAUGACAUUUUUGGCAGUGCCUAUGUGAAAGCUCAACUCUAUGCAAGACUUUUCUUCAUUUGUUAUUCAUAACUAAAAAAAGUCACAUUUAAAAGAAAUAACCGUGAGUAGGACAAGAGAGCAAGGGCCAUUAGACUCAUAAAUUGACUUUUUGAAAGUCCUUAUUAGCUAAAUAAAUUCAUGGAAAUGUCCUCAACCCAAUUAAAAAAUAACUGAAGGCCACUGUGGUGCACAUAGCCAAAUCAUUAAAUAUGUAUUUUUGAGUUCCGGACACAGAACCAAAAGUAUGCUCAUGCACAUUGUCCCAUCUUGUUAAGCAAUAGGAUUUAUCCUUUGCGCUUCUGAAAACAUGAAUGAAAGAAAUCAACUAGAAAAAUUCUGGUUCUUUAAAAAAAAGGAAAAAGUGCUAUCAUUACUAGUAACAGCGUAUCUAUGCAAAGUAUCAUCACAAUCUCAAGAACCAUUUAUUCACCUCUGUAACAAUGCACGUUUAAUGCGCAAUCUACAGCUAAUAAAAACUGAAGUAAAA